AUGCCUGAAAAAACGUGGUUCGAAACUAUAUUCUGUUGCUGUAAUCGGAAACCAUUGCAUCGGAGGGAAAUAAAACUGGGAUGUUUUGGUAUAGGUGGUGCUGGAAAGACGACUUUCCUGAAGGUUCUCAAAGGCGAAGAUCCACGUGACUUGCUCCGAACAAACGGGUUCUCCACAGUCAAAAUGGAGUAUGACGAUCUGUUUCAUUUGACAAUUUAUGAUGUUGGAGGGGAUAAGGGUAUACGUGGAAUCUGGAAUAAUUAUUAUGCAGAGGUUCAUGGAAUCAUAUAUGUCAUCGACUAUUCAACGGAUGAGGCAUUUUUGGAGUCAAUUGAGGCGUUCAACGCAGUGAAAUCCCAUCCACAUGUCCAAAAGAAACCGAUAUUUUUGCUUCUGAAUAAUCAGAAUAAUCGAGAAUUCGAUGACGUGGAAAUAUCAAAUGAGGCGGGACAACAUAAAAUCGUCAUGUUUUCUCAUUUCAACAAGUAUAAUGGAUAUCUGGACAACAUAAAAAAUGCCACCUUGACAGUCUCUUCAAGAGCGAAAAAGGAUAAAAAUGAAUAUCAGGAAGCAUUCGGAAGGUUCAUUGAUGUGAUAUCAGAGCACUACGUGGAAUUGUCAGAAGGCGUCAAAGCUGCAGAGCUGGCGUUGAGAAUUCGGCAAGACGAAGCAAAAGAGCAACGAAGAUUGAUGCAAAUGAAGAAUGAACACGAUGCUCUCAAAGCUGAUGUGGCUGGUUUGGAGCUGAGAAAUACCCCCGCACCCCCUCCGAUUCCUCCCGAUCCUCCAUCUGAUCCGAAGUCUGCAUCUGUUCACAUCGAAAGUCCUCCAUUAUCACUCGCUAGUUCAACUAUUCCUUCCGAUAUCAUUCAAAGUUCGCCAGAAGAGUGCACUCCACGCGAUCCUGUCAAAAUAUCUCAAACUAGCACGAAGCCUGUUACGCCCGAAUCUAAAGAUAUGGUCAAAAUUGAAGAGCCGGAGAACAUAAUGAGGGACAACUACUUUCUACCUCCUAAGACUCCUGGCAGACGAUACAGCCGAAUACAAAGGAUACAGAACUCUCUCAGCAACCGAGUAGUGCCAAAAUGA